AUGGAGGAGACGCCGCACAACUGUCCGGGCACCUGCAGCGCCCAGGCCGGCCUAGGGGCGGCAUGCCAAGGGUGCCCCAACCAGCGGCUGUGCGCAUCAGGCGCCGGCGAGGCUCCAGACCCUGCCGUAGAGGAAAUCAAAGAGAAAAUGAAGACCGUGAAACACAAAAUCUUGGUGUUGUCUGGGAAAGGCGGCGUUGGGAAAAGCACGUUCAGCGCCCACCUUGCUCACGCCCUAGCGGAGGAUGAAAACACGCAGGUUGCUCUUCUAGACAUUGAUAUAUGUGGGCCGUCCAUUCCCAAGAUUAUGGGAUUGGAAGGAGAGCAGGUGCACCAGAGUGGCUCGGGCUGGUCUCCAGUGUUCCUGGAAGACAACCUGGGGGUGAUGUCAGUGGGCUUCUUACUCAGCAGCCCCGACGACGCUGUCAUCUGGCGAGGACCCAAGAAGAACGGCAUGAUCAAGCAGUUCCUCCGCGAUGUGGACUGGGGAGAGGUCGACUACCUCAUCGUGGACACCCCACCCGGGACGUCGGACGAGCACCUCUCGGUGGUCCAGUACCUGGCCGCCGCGCGCAUCGAUGGCGCCGUGAUCAUCACCACCCCCCAGGAGGUGUCCCUGCAGGAUGUCCGGAAAGAAAUCAGCUUCUGCCACAAGGUGAAGCUGCCCAUCAUCGGGGUGGUGGAGAACAUGAGUGGCUUCGUCUGCCCCAAGUGCAAGAAGGAGUCUCAGAUAUUCCCGCCCACCACGGGGGGCGCAGAGGCCAUGUGCCAGGACCUGAAGAUCCCGCUCCUCGGCAAAGUGCCGCUGGACCCGCACAUAGGGAAGAGUUGUGAUGAAGGACGGUCUUUUUUGAUUGACGUGCCGAAUUCACCAGCUACAUUAGCCUACAGAAGUAUAAUUCAAAGAAUCCAGGAGUAUUGUAGUCUCCAGCAGCCAAAAGAAGAAAGGACCUCGUUAGCUCCUGAAACACAGGGGGACAUGGACGCGAGCAGCACGGCCAUUGUGUCCUGA